CGCAACGAGGGCCGCAGAGUGAGAGGUCCACGAGGGGAUCCUCACCACCGAGCGGCGUCCCCGUCCCCCGAGUUGAAUCUCUGGGUCGACUCAGCCGACUCUCACAUGUCUGAGCCCCUAGAGACUGAUGUUCACGUUCCAUCCGGUCAUGGAGCUGUUGAUCCGCCGGUACCGUCCCUCAGACAAGGACUCCGUGCUCAGCCUCUACAGCAUCGGCAUCCGGGAGCACAUCCGCCCGUGUUUUCUCAACGCCAUGACCAGCCCUCUCUACCUCACCGUCACCCUGGCCCUGUGCGUCGCCGGCCACCUGCUGGGCGCCGCGCUGGGGGCCGUGGUGCUGCCGGGCGCCUGGGUGGGCCUUGUGUACUACUGCUGUCACCUGCUAUACGCCGGCUACGUCAGGAAAGUACUCCAGACGGACAUGCGGGACAUCCCCGGGAACUACAUGAGCCGACCGGAUGACGGUUUCUGGGUGGCGGAGGCCGAGGUUGACGGGAGGACCCGGAUCUUGGGUAUGGUGGCUUUGGUGACCAAAGAAAGUGGGAAGGAGAGGUACGGAGAACUGGUUAGAAUGAUCAUCUCACCGUCGUGCCGGCGGAUGGGCCUGGGCUUCCGGAUGGCUCAGACUGUGAUUGACUUCUGUCAGGAGCGAGGCCUCUCCAAGGUGGCGCUGGAGACCAGCUCCACUCAGGCCGCCGCCCUGUCCCUGUACGAGAAGCUGGGGUUCAGCCACAUCGCCUCACACACCCAUACACAUGUUUCCAAUUGGGUCGUGACGCUGACGAUGGUGUCGAUUUUGGUAAUGGAAAAACGUCUGUCGCGCCUGUCGUGAGCGUGUGAAUGGGUGAAGGACGUGUCGUGUUAAAGCGCUGUCCAAGUGCACCUCCAUUACACAGGCACACGUCUGUUCACCAUUUUAAGAAAAAGACCAAUCAGUCACUGUGAUGUUCCUUUUACACUCCUCUUUAUCAGUCGUUUAAACUCAUGCAUAGAUCAUAGUUGACGGACCAAAUGAUCUGUAAAAUAUGUCCCGCAAAUGAUUAGGUGUCUUCGGUUUGGACCAAGAUUCUCCGACGAUUGAUUGUCUUUUACUUUUUUUUUCAACUGCUGUGAUUGUAUUGCACAAGUGAUCAGUCACAUUUUAACGUUUUAUACACAAAAACAUGCACAAAAUAAAAGCACCU